CUUUUAGCUAAGAGUGAAGUGAAACUCUGCGAGUCGUAACCAGGGAAAUCCCUGUGCUAUAUUUAGAAUUCCGGGCACUCUUCAGUUUUAGAGGCAUGAUUUUGUAUCGCGUGACUGUCACGUGAUGUAAACACGCAGACGUGCAUCUGUCAACACUUCGCGCGAUGGGUUCAUCACAAAUGAUUGCAGUGAAGCGCAAACCGAAUUGGUCAUCUGACCAGACCUUGCUCCUGGUCAUACUUGUGGAUGAGUGGAAGGCUAUCAUCAAGGGCAAGUUUGGGCCAGGAGUUACGUCGCGGAUGAAGAAGGAGGCAUGGGUCGAGGUGGCAGCAAACAUCAAUGCUGCAUUUCCUAAUGUGAUCAGGUCGACAGAGGACUGCGAAAAGAGAUGGUAUAAUAUCCAGUCGAAGUCAAGGCAGGAAAUACCUGCUUUCAAGAGACAGCUCAGUGGCACCGGAGGGGGACCUGGUCCGAGCAAGUUAAGUGCUGUGUCUGAGGCAGUAUAUGAUAUGCUUGGACACACAAAUGUGAGCAUCAGUGGAAUUGAAGGGAGCUUCGAUUCAACCCUAUUCCAGGUCAUGGAUAUGUCAAACAGUUGUCAGGAAGCAGCCAUCCUUGGCUUGGAAUCUGAAGUUUGUGGCGCCUUGCCACAUGGAGUACAAGCCCAACCUCAAGCAACCUGUACUUCAGCCUCAGCUGUCCCCUGCUCAAGAAAAGAAGACUUAGAUGACAAACAACUUCUAAGAAAAAAGACAUUAUUAGAAAUUGAUGUACUGCAACUUCAGAAAGAAAUGCUAACCCUAAAAUUAGAGAUGAUGAGAAAAAAUCAGUUUUAUAAUUGAAUAGUUAUUUCACAUUCUAUGCUAAAUUAAUUCAAGAAAUCAGUUGCCUUUACAGGAAUUUAAAUGAUUAAUUCACUGAAAUUCACUUAAUCAAAUUUUGUUUAGCAAUGUUCUGUAAUUUCAGUUAUUUCACAAAAAGUCUAUAAUUAGAGGUUAGAAAGUAAUUUGGAUGUUAUUUCAUAAGAAAACUGUCUCACAUUUGGUUCAUUAAUUUCUUCAAAAAAAGUUAAAGAGCCUAUUUCUGGCUUUAUUUCUUUGGGCUAUGGAACAUUUCAACAUGAGUAUAUUCUUAUGCUUAUGUGUCUGUGAUCUUUUGUAUGCUUUGAAGAGUUCUACACAAAAAUGAUUGUUCAUGUUUGGUUGCUUACAAGUUUUAGAAUGUUAUCAUAUGGGCUAUUUGCCAUCAUGUACAUUAUCACCCAUCCAAAGAAUGUGAAGAAUGUCUGAUAUUGCUUUCAUUGAAGUAAUAACAGGAAUUUUGAGUAAAAGAUUGACAACAACAAUCUCAACAACAGUAUUAACAUUAACAAUUGAUUGUUUUGAGAUCUUUCAUGUAAAUAUAUUGAGUUAAAAUAGUUUUCAAUGAUUGUACCAGUUAACCUAAAUCAAACCUGUUGCAUUAUAAUAUGGGUAAGAUGGCUAUAUAUAUAUAUCAAAGGAAUGUUUGUAAAUAGUGAUUUUAUUGAGUUGCAAUUUAUUAAUAAAGCAUCUCAUACUACUCUGAAAUUGAACAUAAUAAUUGGCAAAGAUAAGUUUGAAUGUAGUACAUGUAUGUUGUCUUUUGUCAUGAAUAAUUUUCCAGAUACUACAUACAAAGUGGUGAGACUCACUAGUGUACAGUAGCACAUAUGUAAAGAAUGCACACAAUAAUCAUAUGACAUGGAUUGUUCUCCAACAUGUUUCAGCUUUAUCUUCAGGAGAAUUUUCUGAAGAUUUUUCUGAAGAUAAAGCUGAUACUUGUAGGAGAACAAUCUGUGUUGUGUGAUUAUUUUGUGAAUUUCUUUACAAAUAUAAAUAUGACACAUGUCAAAGCAAAUACAAUGCAAAAUUUUUGUUUUCCACUCAAAUGCAACUAUCAUCUUGUACAUUUACUUGGUAAUAUUUUCUUGUUAAAUAACACAAAUAUCAUCAUCA